GGCUCACUGCUACCGUGAGGACCUGAAGCAGCGACAGCAGUAACAUGUAAAAGCUACGGCUCCUUCACUUCUGAUUCAUGGAGGAAGGAAGGAAGGUCCCCCUGCCCCCCUUGGAGACCAUGGAAAACUCCCUGUGCAACUAUCAGAAAAGCUAUGAUCUGUGCAGUCAGGGCCACCAGGAGUGCUGCGAGAGGGUGGUCAUCAAUGUGUCGGGGCUCCGCUUUGAGACCCAGGUCAAGACGCUUCGCCAGUUCCCAGACACCCUGCUGGGCGAUCCCCAGAGGAGAAUCCGCUACUUCGACCCUCUGAGGAACGAGUACUUCUUCGACAGGAACCGCCCGAGUUUCGAUGCGAUCUUGUACUAUUACCAGUCCGGGGGGAGGUUGAAAAGACCAAACAGCGUCUCCCUGGAUGUCUUCAUGGAGGAGAUGAGGUUCUACGAGCUGGGAGACGAGGCGAUGUCCCGGUUCCGUGAGGAUGAGGGCUUCAUCAAGGAAGAGGAAAAGCCAAUGCCGAACAACGAGUUUCAAAGGCAGCUUUGGUUACUCUUUGAGUACCCCGAGAGCUCGCCCCCUGCCAAGGUUGUUGCUAUCAUUUCAGUACUGGUGAUUCUGAUCUCCAUCGUGGUCUUCUGUUUGGAGACCCUGCCUGAAUUCAGGGAUGAGCUGGACCCUACUUUGCCAAUAUACCCCCACCGAGGGAACAGCACCCACUUGGAGGGGAUGGGCAACCCCUUCCACGAUCCCUUCUUUGUGGUGGAGACUAUGUGCAUUUGUUGGUUCUCUUUUGAACUCUUCCUGAGGUUCAUCGUCUGUCCCAGCAAACCUGGAUUCUUCAAGAACAUCAUGAACAUCAUUGACUUUGUGGCCAUCAUCCCCUACUUUGUGGCACUGGGCACCGAGUUGGCUAGACAGCGCGGGGUGGCCCAACCAGCCAUGUCUCUUGCUAUCCUCAGAGUCAUCCGUCUAGUCAGGGUCUUCAGAAUCUUCAAACUAUCCAGGCACUCCAAGGGACUGCAGAUCCUGGGACAGACUCUGAAAGCCAGCAUGAGAGAGUUGGGUCUCCUCAUUUUCUUUCUCUUCAUUGGGGUAAUCCUCUUCUCUAGUGCUGUCUACUUUGCUGAAUCAGAAGACAAAAACACCAUUUUUACCAGCAUCCCCGAGUCCUUUUGGUGGGCAGUUGUCACAAUGACCACCGUGGGCUAUGGGGACAUGUACCCAAUUACUCUCGGAGGCAAGAUCGUGGGAUCUCUCUGUGCCAUUGCUGGUGUGCUCACCAUCUCCUUGCCCGUACCUGUGAUUGUCUCCAAUUUCAGUUAUUUCUACCACAGGGAGAUCGAAAAUGAGGAUCAAAGCCACUAUUCACAUGUGACGACAUGUCCUUACCUGCCCCCAAGUCCCAAAACACAAUCAGUGACUGGGAAAAGCACCGAAGUGGAAGAUGAUCUUAUCAACAAUUUCUGCGCACCUCUACAAAGUGACAUGUUGGAUGGUUUUUGCCCCACUGACAGCGGAAACCUGGAAUCCACUAUUUCUCCGAACAGGAAACCCUUGGUCACCCAAGUUUGACUUGAUUCCCCCCCUUUCGAAGCUGCUUUAUACAUGAAUGCAAAAAA